CUCAUAUGGGUCUUUCGCAUUUAGAUAAUGUGAUUUUCGUCAUCUUAGUUGUUUAUCGAAAACAAUAGAUGCUUUACUUUCAAUUAUUAGCAAUGUAUAUCUCGGAGUUUACAAAUCCCGUAACUAUAUCUAUAUGCGACUGUUCGUUGUACAACGUUCCUGCAUGCGCUCUCGAAGGUCAGUAUGUUGAAAACUGAUUUGAUGAUGAUUUUACUUACUUGGAUUUUACAUGGUAUAAGUAACGGUGAGAUGGACGUUUUCCUUACGCCGGAAAUCGCCAUUAUUUCUGAAGGGGAAACCGUAACCCUUCAAUGUCUUGUCACCGAUGUUGACCACCGUUUCUAUACGAUCAAAUGGAGUAACACUUCACAUGGUGCUCCGGCUAGUCAUCUUCAAUCCAAACAAACGUUAUUCGAAGGACGUACAAUAAAUUCUUCACUGACUUUGUGGAAUCCAGGCGUUGACUUCACAACUUUAUAUUUCUGCGAAGUGAACCACACAACGGCUCGAGGAGGAUCGAACUUGGUAGCGUUCGCCAAGUCCGUGGUCUCUGGCACGCCCCUGGCGAGGACAUCCGAGUGUCACAGGUCGUCCGAUGGAGACAAGGUGAUACACCUGUAUGAGGGAGGCCCACCGGUUGACAUCUCCUGUAAGACGUUGAGAGAACCCAUUGUUCCUGAGCUAAAAUGGAGGUUCCUACAAAGAGAUGGAAAAACCGGUAUUGUUUCCAGACGUUAUGAUGACGGUAUUCAUCGUUCCAUCAACUCUUCUCUAGAGUGGGACCGGCAGUUGGAUGGACUCGUUCUUUAUUGUAAAGCAACAAUACCCUGGGAUAAAUUGGUGGCAAACCCAUGCGUCAUUGGUCUUAUUAGGGUUGUCCAGCAACCACGAAUAAUUCCCGGAAACACCAGUCUGGGCUUUGGGUUUGUAAACGAGGUUGAAUAUUGGUGCGACGUGAGAGGUCUUUAUCGUCAAUCCUGCUCUUACACGUGGGGAUGCCAACCAAAUGUUCUAGGGUGUUACAGUGAUAACGACAGUUUAAUCAUCAAUGUUAACGAAUCGUCAAGUUUAGAGAAGAAGAUAGAAGUUACAUGUCGGGUCGAGUGCAUGGAAGACGUCCACAGAGAAGCUCAUGCAAACCUUACAAUCCAUUCUGAAUCGUAUUCCCAACAUUCAAGAAAGGCUUCUGCUGAACGAGAGGGCAUUACAGUAUCACUCCGGUUGCAUUCCGACCCGGAGAGUGAUGAAUAUCUCCUUAGAUGUUCAGUGAGAUACAAUGGGAAUGGCAUGAAUGAUGAACCCACUUUUGCUUGGUAUAUAGAUGGUAUAAAGCAAGGAAUCUCAGAUACCGUUGACAUUACGCCCAAUCAUCAACAAGAAAUACACUCGACCUAUCGUGUUGACCAAACCUUCCACUUGGUAGUAUGCGACGCCCUCUACGAUGGUAACAUUACUCGUGUCUGGAGCACUUUCAGUGAUAUGGUGGGCGCAAGUACUGAAACGAUCAAUUUCACAACCGAUCAUUCCUUCUUGCAGUCCUCUCCGAAGCCAGCCCCUAAUGAUCGAAGCUCUUCCAACAUUUCUGAAAGUUCGUUGUGGCUUGUGAUAAGCAUUGGUAUAUGUGCCUCAUUGGCACUCUUGAUCUUUGCCUGGGUCACUUUUAGUACUUUAGCAAGGAGCCGGUACUGGAGCCCUGUUAAUGAUUCCAAAGUCAUAACAUUCAGUAUAAAAUCCAGACGCCCAUCCGAUCAUACUGACUUAGACCUUAAUACGAAUGGAGAUGAAAGACAAACCGCCUCAGAUGAAUCACUGGAUGAGUAUGCAUAUCCAGAAUUGGAAACGAACGCUGCAGAUAACGAUCAAAGGAACGAGGGUGAGCAUUUCGCCUUUGCAGUUGCUUCUGGGUUUAACAACGAUAUGGACCUGAAGGGAAGUGGUUACGAAGAGCUCCCCGAUGAAAUAUCUUGGCCGCCACAAAGAGCUGAUUGCCAUCUUGGUAAUGACUCGGUCCAACCUUACCAGAACUUCGCUUUGCCACCAUCAUUCUCGAUGACUCCUCCGACCCCUCCACUCACUCAUGAGUAUAGCACUGCCCUUUCACAUUCUAACGACCAUUAUGAUCAUGAUGAUCGAGAAUCGAUCUCUUCUCCUUUACACCAUGAAUAUCACGAUUAUUUUUAGCAAGAUUCAUUUUAAUCUUGGAAUGAUAAAGAUGGUGACACAGCUUCUUAAUCGUGAUCAUAUUGGCGAUCAACAAUUAGAGGUAAUGACGAACGUGAAAGCGAGUGACAGCGGUAAUACGAAGUGUGUCUAUUUUUUCAGUAGAAAAUGCUAAAUCAGGUUAAUGAAUGCCGCUGUAUCUCCCGUUUCAACUUCAACUAGUCUGCGACGACAACCACCACCUGCAAAACGGUGUUUACUACUCUGACGUUUACGCCAAGACUUGCCAGUUUCCACAAACAAUUGAAGAGCUUAUUUCCAAAAGGGGUUUGGUCCACCUCUCAUCAAAUUUUAUUUCUUUGCCUCAAUCUAUAAACUUAUAGAAGCUGUAGAACAUAACACUUAAUAAAAGAUGAUAUUCCCGUGAAAAUAUAUUCACAAAUGCAAAGAAAAUGUUCUUUAUUUCCAAUAGGGGCUAGGUCCAUUCCAUUGGCAAUUCUUAGACAUUUUUAACAAGCUUAUUGAAAUUCACCAAAAUUGCAGUGUUUCUAAACGUAAUAAACUUAAAAUACCAUGACAUCCGCCAUGGGAAUGUGAAAUCACUUUUAGACCAACAAUAAAGGUUUCCUAAAAGCUAAUUGUGUGAUAGGUGUUCUGUUAACAAGUUCAUAAGAGUCGGUGGGUACGUGGACCAUACACCGCAGUAAAAAGAUCCCAGCCAUAAAGUAGGCUGAAAUCUACACUGUGCCACCCUUGUCAUUUAAUAUUACUGUUUAUCACCGUGUAAUUUUUCAUAAGAGAGCACUGCUC